ACGAUAAUGAUGGGAUGCUAUUCUGGACGAUCAGCAACCUAACUAACGCAUUCAUUCUCUUUCUCUCUCUCGCUCUUUUACCUGCCAUCCAGCCGCAGCUUUUUAGUUAGGCCAAAAACGAGUCCAUCCAAGCCAACGAACCGCGAAUCGCAAAACCGCGCCCCCAAAAUCCACCAGCGAAUCCGACUCUGCCUCUAAAAAAAACUAAAAAACUAGUAUUCUAGUACACACGCUUACACGCACGCACGCACUUUGAGCGAAAAAAGCUCGUAUUUCUCCAAUUCACCGCCACGCGCGAUGACAACCCCAGUCUCGGGGUCUUCACUCCCUCAGACCCGAGACGUACAUCAACACAGUCAUUUUCACAACUCUAGAGAAGAAAGCAGCCACUACCACCACCACCAUCAUUACCAUCAACGUACACAGCACACCCACCACGCUCGUUCUCAAAACAGUAACAAAGGGGGCCACAAACGCACCGAUUCGGAACCCACUAUAAUCGUCACGACCGUUUCCGUUCUUGAGCUUAUCGAUUCCGCCGGUGUCCCCAUAACUACCCAGACCCUCACGCCAUCCGCAUCGACACCAUCUGCGUCGUCGUCGUCGUCUACUAGCUAUAUUACUACUAGCUCCGAACCCGACGUUAAUGUCGAUCCGACCAGCACAACAACAACAAGUUCGAAUUCAAGUCCAAGUUCGACAACAAGUUCAAGUUCGAGUUCGAUUUCGAGUUCGAGUUCCGCUCUAGGUUUACCUACUUCUUCCCCGGGAACCAGCGACGAUGCAGGCGACAGCCUCUCUUCUUCGACUUCCGUUCCCACGAUAGACCCGACCGUAGCACCGUCGGAGUCUUCGAUGCCUACUAUCUUUCCCACAUUAUCUUAUUCGCCUUUGACGUCCACUCCUUUAUCAGGCUCUCCCGUUUUUCCAUCUUUGGCUGGCGUGACUAACACAACCCAAUCUUCUUCUUCGUCCACUCUUUCUCCCAACAGUACUAGUUCUAGUUCUACUUCGCUACCUUCAUUUUCCAUUGAGGGUUUCAAUUCCUCUUCGUCCGAGUCAUCUAGUACUGUACUUUCGUCUGAUUCUUCUACUGCUACUGCUACUUCUUCUUCGCCGUCGACUACCACUCGCUCCGACUCCACGUCGACUACUUUUGGUUCUUGGGCAGUACCUACCGAAACGGGAGACGGUACUGCUGGCGGUGGCAAUGCACAGCCAUCAUCUACGAACACCGUAUCUACCGGUGACGACUCUAGUUCAAAUGGACCCGAGGCGGCCACGGUCGCAGGAAGUGUUCUAGGAGGUGUGGCUGCACUUGCAGGUAUUUUGAUUCUUGCUCUCUUCCUUCUCCGAUGGAAGAAACGCCAGAAUACCCUUAAGCUCAUGCGGGGUUCUACGAGUGAACGAGGCCCCGGCGGCGGUUUGGUUGGGAAUUCCGGUCCCGGCGGAGGAGGAGAGGGCGGUAUGUCUGAAAAACGACGGCGUUCAGUUCCCUUUGCAAUUCCCGCGGCUCUCGCUAGCUUGACUGGAAAUAAACGAUUCUCCGGACGCAGUGCCGCUUCUGCGGAUGGGGGUGAACGAGGAUUUUCUAAGGUUUCUGGGAGGAAGUUGCCUCCGGUUAUUCAGUUUGGUGGAGAUGGCUAUUCGGAUCCCCGCGACACUAUUCUAAGUGAUCAGUCCAUCGAUUAUCGAGACUCGGCCUUCCCUGGAUUAGGCGGUGGGCUUGCACCUACUAGGUUAGCUGUGGGCGCCCCGAUGCGGCCGGAAAGCGGAAUCCCGGUCUUCAACCCGGGACCGGCUCGGACACCGAAGACGGAACAGGUACCUUUCAGUCCCGGUUCAGAACUUGAGCCUCCUCCAGAUCCACUUGGACGAUCCCACCCUUCUCACGAUGGGUCGAGUCGUUCCCACGGUUCAGCCUCCCGGUUUACCGAGGAGUUAUGACCCCCUGGAUAGAUACCCUAUUUUCUUAUCUUUGCUUGUGUACAUUUCGCUUUUUUUGUGAUGAUACCUGUUUGUUAUUUUGUGUCGACAUAUACUCGUCACGGCAUCGGGUUGGCGUUGAUAUUUGAAAUAAAAACUCAAAGGGUUAUGGGGGAAGGGGAUAGAAAGCUACCUUU